GGGGAGCAUAAAAAUAAAUACAGAAUGUCUAAAGUGGACCAUCGAAAUAAAGUGUUACCUGAUUGAAUAAUUCAUGGGAGGGUUGUUAGCAAGGAGGUCUUUGAUAGGUUGUUAGAGUUGUUUGCCCCGCCCACAACACGUGCAUCAUCAACAUCAGUUGUCCUGUCACAGCACCCGUCCCAGAAAUAUCAUUAUUCCUGGGAAGUCAACAACAACAAUUGUUCACUAAACUGCUUUAUAUUUUUUUUAAAACACGCUGUGAAAACCAUUAUACUCUAGUCCAGCGAGACGGUUAGUUGUUAUGGCUGUUGCGGAACUAGUUGCUAAAUGCUUGCAAGCACAGGAAAUGGCUUACUGUCCGUACAGUGGGUUUCCAGUCGGCGCUGCCAUUUUGACGACAGGGGGCGCCAUUAUCACAGGCUGUAAUGUUGAGAAUGCCUCCUAUGGCCUGACCGUGUGUGCGGAGAGAACUGCGAUACAGAGAGCGGUCGCUGAAGGAUACCGAAGAUUUACAGCCAUAGCUGUCACAUGUGAUAUCAAAGAUAGUUUUGUAGGACCAUGUGGUGCAUGUCGACAGGUAUUAAUGGAGUUUGGCACUGAAUGGGACGUUUACCUCACUAAGCCAGACGGGACCUAUAAGAAGACCAGUCUAAGAGAGCUCUUGCCUUUGGCAUUCACCCCGGCUCACCUGCAAAAGACCUGAGCGCACUGUCCUAAAAUAGCCUACAUUUAUGUGGACUUUUUAGAUUUGUAAACUAUUUCCUUUUUGAUCUGAAUUUAGGAACUGUGAAUAAUUAAAAUGUGAAUGUACUAUCUGUUCUUAAACAGUUUGUUCAUUAGCUAACCCUAGUCUGUUGCUGUUGAAGGU